AUGGCAUUGGUGGAAUAUGGAGGUGGUGGUCGACGAAACUCCAUUUUCAUUUCAGAGGAGAGGGACGGCAAGAGAUGGAGGAAGUUGGUGGAGGUAAUGAGGGAGGUUGGAAGAGAUGGUGGACCUGUUCUUAUGCCAUUGCCUGUAACAGCAGUGUCUUUAAACCAAGGUUUUGAAUACCGUGCCAUACCGACCGAUAUGUUUAGGCAAUGGUGGUCCUCCUAUAAGAUCCAAGGUACCCCUAGUCUCAUUUUUGCAAGUAAAUUGAAAGCUUUAAAAAAAGAUUUAAAAGUUUGGAAUGCCCAGUCCUUUCGAGAUAUAGGCAAUAGCAAGAAGUCAUUAUUGGAGGAGCUCCAUGGACUAGAGAGGGCACAUGAGGGAAGGGCCCUUUCAUUGGAGGAACUUGCUCAGUGGACAGAACUAGUUUCAGAAUUAGAGAGAAUGACAAAUUUCCAUCGGAGAACUAAUGCCAUUGAGAUGAUGAAUAUUGGCGGAGCCGUUUGCUCGGAUAUCCCUAAGAUCCAAGAACAUGUCGCUGGUUAUUUUGAGCAGUUGGUUACCGAGCCAAUGGAGUGGAGGCCAAAGAUUAAUGUGCUAGCUUUUGAGUCCAUUGAGCACCAAAAUGCCAUUUGGCAGGAGAGGCCGUUUGAGGAGGCCAAGGUUCAUGAAGUGGUGAAAAAGAUGGUAAAAGAAAAAGUACCAAGACCAAAUGGAUUUUCUAUGGGCUUCUUCCAAUCUUGUUGGGAAGUGGUGAAGGAUGACUUAAUGAAGGUUAAGGAUUACCGGCCUAUUAGCCUUGUGAAUGAGGUGUAUAAGAUUAUUUCCGAGGUGCUUGCAAAUCGAUUGGGAGGAGUUUUGGGAUGGAUCAUUACGAAACUUGAAAAUGCCUUUGUAUGGGAAGACAGAGCUUGGACUCAAUAA